CCAAGGUUUUUCUUUUACUUUUUUUCAUUUUACGGGAUAAUUUUGCCUUCCUUUUUGAAAAAAAAAGUUAUUUUAAAGCUUCUAUAUUUUUGACAAGUUGAACUCCUUUCCUUUUCUGAGUUGUGGGGGCUGCCCUCCCAGCCUGUCCCUGAGAGGCAGGCAUGGUCCUGCUUUUUGUACUAGGCUGCAUCUUCUUCCCAGGGUGCUUUGCUGUCUUCCGCUGGGGCCUUCAGAACCACGCCAGUCUGCAGAUGGAGAGGCAAGAGGCAGUUUUGGUGGCAUCCAAGCUGGUGUCCUCUGUCCAAGCCAUCAUGGCCUCCACCGCCGGCUACAUCGUCUCCACCUCCUGCAAGCACAUCAUUGACGACCAACACUGGCUGUCCUCUGCCUACACGCAGUUUGCAGUGCCCUACUUCAUCUAUGACAUCUACGCCAUGUUCCUCUGCCACUGGCACAAGCACCAGGUCAAAGGGCACGGAGGGGACGACGGGGGCCCCAGGGCGCUGGGCAGCACCUGGGCUGUGGUGCGCGGCUACCUGCACAAGGAGUUCCUCAUGGUGCUCCAUCAUGCCGUCAUGGUGCUGGUGUGCUUCCCGCUGUCCGUGGUGUGGCGACAGGGCAAGGGCGAUUUCUUUCUAGGCUGCAUGUUGAUGGCCGAGGUCAGCACCCCCUUUGUCUGCCUUGGCAAGAUCCUCAUCCAGUACAAGCAGCAGCACACGCUGCUGCACAAGGUCAACGGCGCCCUGAUGCUGCUGAGCUUCCUGUGCUGCCGGGUGCUGCUCUUCCCCUACCUGUACUGGGCCUACGGGCGCCACGCCGGCCUGCCCCUGCUCGCCGUGCCCGCGGCCAUCCCGGCCCACGUCAACCUGGGCGCCGCGCUGCUCCUCGCUCCGCAGCUCUACUGGUUCUUCCUCAUCUGCAGAGGGGCCUGCCGCCUCUUCCGGCCCCGGGGCUCCCGGCCACCCUCGCCCUGUCAGACCCAGGACUGAGGGGGGCGGGCACCCUCCCCACCCGCACCCCCCUGGGGACAGGGCUCUGGGGCAGAUGGGUGGGGGUUGGGAGCCAGGGGCCCCUUGCCUUGACAGCCCCGCGGCUGACAGAUGAGCUGGGAAGGGGGAGGGUACAGCUACCCUCAAGGCCGAAGAUGUGGCCCGGUGACGCUGGACGACGGGGAGAGGGGCCUCUUCUCCAGACGGUGCCCGGGGCAGGGCUGGGACGCCUUCCCGCCUUCCCGCCUUCCCGCUGCAGCUCGCUUUAUGCUGGAUUGGACGGAAGGGGAACCGCGUGCACUUCCCGCCCACUGAGGCUGGAGGGCCUGUGGGGAGAGAAAGGGAACUCAGGGGACCAGGAGGCGAAGGACAUGGGGGUCGCCCCGCUGCUAAGGACACCCCAGCCCCUCUGCUGCAAGCCCUCUGCUCCCUGCCAGCUGGGAGGGGGGGACACCACGACCCUCCCUGUGGGCCUCACAGGCCCGGCUGCCCCCACAGCUCUUCUGUGGGGAAUCGUACUUAUUUUAUUUAUGUAACUAAUCUGUUGGGGUGGGGAGGUGGCUGCUACCCCCUCCCAGGCCUUCCCAGAGCUGAGCACCCCGGGGCAGGUGGGGGCGCCCAGCCCUUCCCCUUAGGCUGCACACCUUGCCCUCGGGCCCUGGCAUGUCCCUGGUGCUACAGACCUCUAAGGCUUCCUCCAAGCUGGGGUCAGGGGACCCUGGGAGGUGCUUCACAGACUGCUAAUAAAGACGAUCCGCGUGAACGCCA